AUGAGACCCGGCUGCGCGCCGUGGACAGGGAGGGGACCCGAGGAAGGGGCGGGCCGGGGGCCGGGGCCACCCCCCGACGCGGGGCGGAGCCGGCCCCCUUGGGGGAUCGGUGAGGUCACGGGCGGACCAGAGGGACCACAGUGGGGAAGACCGAGCCUCGGCUCCCGGGCUUCAUCCCUGCGAGGCCGUGUGCGAGAUCGACGCCAGGGCCUCCUUCUUGCCUCCCCAGUCCGACUGGAGGCUCCUGAGGUCUCGGUCCGCUCCACGGAGGCCUCCCUCCAGCUCCUUUGCUUGGGACCCCCGCCCCCAUCAACCCUCCGCUUCGUCCACUCCCUGCACACUGACGCCACCGCGGUUGCACCUCCGCCUCCCAGCUCUCCCUCCCACCCCUGGGCUCCCUCAAUCCCACCCCACGCCUGCCCCUCCCGGCCCACAGCUCUUCCUCCAAUAAGCCCGGCUUCUAGUCUGACUCCCUGGGCCCCUCGAUCAUCCCCUGCCUCCAGCUCUGUGAAGGGCCCUUUGUCCACCCAAGCACGGGGUCAGCCUUGGCCCCUUCCUCUCCCCCUCUCAUCCCACCCACAGAGCCUUGGGGGCCCUGCUCUUUUCAUCUGGGGCCAGCCACGUUCUCCCUUUCCCGUGGCCACUGUCCUGCUCCGGCGUCCAGGCUCCUCCUGGAGCCCAUGGUCUCCUGCCUCCCCGCGUCCUAGUGCGCUGCAGAUAGGCAGCAAGGGUUUCCACUCUGAAUCUGAGCCUGCCACUACCUGCUUAAAACCAUCAGUGACUCCCCAAAUCGAGUUGGAAAUCUCUUCUUGUCUCCACGAACUGGCCCUGGGCCUCUUACACUCCCUCAGGGCUUGGUUGGUCCUUGCUUUCCGGCAGGAACACUUAACCCCUGGUCGUGCCCUUGCCACCUUCUACACAUCCUUCAGACCCUGGGCCUUCCCCCAGCCCCCAGACCAGGUCAGUACCCGCUCUCCUGCUCUGUUGUACACCCUCACAACACCAGCAGCUUCCCUGUGCACCUGCAAACUGAACCCACUGGGAGUGGAGUCUGUUUCCUGUCUGUGUCCCCACUGGCCAUGACUCUGAGGGGGCAGGACUAGGUCUGUCUUGCUCAUCCCUGGAGCCCUGUGCCCAGCACAGUGUCUGCCCACAGCUGGCCAUCCCCAUUAGAGGAGGGUGUGCAGGCCUGUGUCUCCUCCAGCCCGAAUACCUUCCUGAUCUCCAUGCCAGGUGCCCUGGCCCAGACAGCAGGAGAAAGAAAGGACUCCUCUCUGUCUCAGGCUCCUCAUUUGUAAAAAGGGAGAAAUAAUACCUACCCCACAGUGUUGUUUUGAAGGUUAAAUAACAGUUCACCUGUGGCGGGGUGCGGUGGCUCACACUUGUAAUCCCAGCUCUUUGAGAGGCUGAGGAGGGAGGAUCACUGGAGCCUAGGCGUUCAAGACCAGCCUGGGCAACAUAGCAAGACCCUGUCUCUACAAAAAAAUUUAAAAAUUAGCCAGGCACUGUGGCGCAUGCCUAUAGUCCCAGCUACUCGGGCGACUGAGGCAGGAGGAUCUCUUGACCCCAGGAGUUUGAGGCUAUAGUGAACCAUGAUUGCAAAGCCUGGGUGACAGAGUGAGAUCCUGUUUCAAAAUUUUUUAAAGAAGCUGGGCUUGGUGUCUCCUGCCUGUAAUCCCAGCACUUUGGGAGGCCGAGAUGGGAGGAUGACUUGAGGUCAGGAGUUCGAGACCAGCCUGGCCAAAUGGUAAAACCUCAUCUCUACUAAAAAUACAAAAAUUAGCCGGGUGCGGUGGCUCACGCCUGUAAUCCCAACACUUUGGGAGGCUGAGGUGGGCGGAUCAUGAGGUCAGGAGAUCGAGACCAUCCUGGCUAACACGGUGAAACCCCGUCUCUACUAAAAAAUACAAAAAAUUAGCCGGGUGCAGUGGUGGGCGCCUGUAGUCUCAGCUAUUCGGGAGGCUGAGGCAGGAGAAUGGCGUGAGCCCGGGAGGCGGAGCUUGCAAUGAGCCGAGAUCGUGCCACUGCACUCCAGCCUGGGCGACAGAGCGAGACUGUGUCUCAAAAAAAAAAAAAAAAAAUUAGCUGGGCGUGGUGGUGGGUUCCUGUAAUUCCAGCUACUCAGGAGGCUGAGGUGGGAGAAUCACUUGAACCCAGGAGGUGGAGGUUGCAGUGAGCCAAGAUGGUAUCACUGCACUCCAGCCUGGGUGACAGAGCGGACUCUGUCUAAAAAGGAAAAAAAAAAAAAAAAAAGCUUGUAUAAUAGAAAGAUGACCAAAUAAGGAAACAAAUGAGUUCUUCAAAGGAGACUUAGUGUCCAGGAAAGGAUUCUAUGGACCCUGAGAGGAUUUAGAGAAGAGGUAUAUAGCCUUGAACCCGGGAGGCGGACGCUGCAGUGAGCCGAGAUGGCACCACUGCACUCCAGCCUGGGUGACAGAGUGAGACUCGGUCUCAAAAAAAAAAAAAAAAAUUUUUAAGAAAGGUUCACAUGUUGAGCGCCUGGCACAAAGUGGGUUCCGGCAAACACCUCUCCCUCUUCUGAUCAUGAUGUUUCAGGUACAGAGGGCAGUGUUUGGGGUGGGUAGAAACCUUCCCUGGGGUCACUGGGGUGGCAGAGGAGGGAAGGGCCCCCUUUCCCAGAUGCCCUGUUUAAUUCUCUUGAGAGCUCCAGGAGGUCAGUGCUAUGCCCAGUUCACAUAUGUGGUUUGGAAGAGGCAAAGCAACCUGCCCACAGGCACAGCCAGGCUGAUCAGUGCCCACUUCUCUUUGGAGGGACCCUCCCCAGGACUGCUUGGUUAGGCCCUGUGAAGGUGCAGAUGUGGGGGCUGCUAGUGGCCUCAAUAUUGGGACACUGAUUGCUCCCAUGAGGCCAGGACCCUUCCUGAAUCUGCCCUGGCAUCUGUGUGACCUGGACUCCACUUCUGAACUUGGAAGGCCUGGAUGAGAUGUCCCCUGGGGGCCAGGGGAUGAACAUUUCUCCCCUAACCUUCUCUGUGGAAACAGGAAACCUGAUUCAGUGACCCCGAGGCCCCUGCCAACCUGAGGCUCCGUGUUCUCUCCAGAAGCCACCUCGCAGAAGGAAUGGCUGUUGCCUCCUGCAUGUCCGUCCCUCUCCGGGCCAUGGAACAGUGGGGCCUGCAAAUUCAUUUUCUCUCAUCCCCACUUUAGGAACAUCCCAUCUGGGCUGCCUGGGCUCCAGUCGUUGUCUCAGGGUGGCUGGAAGGGCUCAGAGGACACGGCCUGCUGCUAAGGUGGUCUCUGGACACUGUGCCUUACGGCUCCUAUCCAGAGACACCACAGCCUCAACUAAGAAUUUAGAGCCCAGCUUCAAAGGGGAGAGCAUAGUCUGGGGCCUGGUUUUGCUGUUGCUGCUGAGUCAUCCGCUGGGUGCUAGGCAAGUCCCAGCCCUUCUCGCCACCCCUGCCUCUGUCAUGAGCCCUUUGCAGGUAGGACUGGCUUGCAAUUCAGGGAGAGAUGAUUGGAAAGUAGAAUCCAGAAUCCCGGUCUCAAUGCCCCAUUAUAUAAAGGCAGAAUCAAUACCCAGAGAGGGGCAAUGACUUGCCCAGGGUGACCCAGCUAAGGAAUGGUGGAGUUGGGCUUCAAGCCCCAUGGUCACAAAGUCCUAUUUGGGACUCAGGAUCUUAGAGGGCAAUGGUCCUGAAAUGUGAACCCCAAAUCCAUCUCCCACUGCAUAAAAGCUCUGACUUGGGUGAAUCUGGGCUCCUGGAGAAGCCUGAGGGAGAAUGAGCUCCCCAUUUCCAUGGCUUUCUGUAGCCCAGAGAAGACACAGAGGAAGAGCCUGGGUAAAGCUGGGAAGGUCAAGGAGAUGAGACCCUCCUGUGGGACAGGGUGAUGCCAGCCUCCUGCCUGAGUCCUUUGGUGGAGGGAUAACAGUAGGAACAGCACCAUCUCACCGAGCUGCCCCGGCUACCAGGACCUUUGUACCCAACACUUCAGAGUACAAGACACUCCUGUGAGCCUGGCGCAGCACUCACCUGUAUCACACAUGUGGAAACAGCUUCACCAGGUCCGGCCCUGUCUAUGGUCACACAGCUGUUCAGUGGCAGAGCCAGGGUCAGAAGCAGGUGUGGUGGGGUUGUUGUUGUUGUUUUGGGUUUUUUUGAAAUGGAGUCUCGCUCUGUUACCCAGGCUGGAGUGCAGCUCACUGAGCUCACGAUCUCAGCUCACUGCAACCUCCGCCUCUCAGGUUCAAACGAUUCCCCUGUCACAGCCUCCUGAGUAGCUGGGAUUACAGGCAUGGGCCACCAUGCCCAGCUAAUUCUGUAUCUUUAGUAGAGACAGGGUUUCACCGUGUUGGUCAGGCUGGUCUCGAACUCCUGACCUCAGGUGAUCCACCCACCCAGCCUCCCAAAACGCUGGGAUUACAGGUGUGAGCCACCACACCUGGUGUAGUUUUUGUUGUUGUUGUUGUUUUGAGAUGGAAUUUCACUCUUGUUGCCCAGGCUGGAGUGCAAUGGCGUGAUCUCGGCUCACUGCAACCUCCACCUCCUGAUUUCAAGCAUUCUCCUACCUCAGCCUCCCGAGUAGCUGGAAUUACAGGCAUGUGCCACCACGCCCAGCUAAUUUUUGCAUUUUUAGCAGAGACAGGGUUUCACCAUGUUGGCCAGGCUAGUCUCGAUCUCCUGACCUCAUGUGAUCCACCCACCUUGGCCUCCCAAAUUGCUGGGAUUACAGGUGUGAGCCACCGCACCUGGCCCAGAUUACUUGUUUUUGAGAUGGAGUUUUGCUCUUGUUGCCUAUACUGGAGUGCGAUGGCACUGUCUUGGCUCACUGAAACCUCCUCCUCCCAGGUUUGAGCAAUUCUCCUGCCUCAGCCUCCUGAAGUACUGGGAUCCCCCCUCCUCGGCCUCCCAAAGUGCUGGAAUUACAGGCAUAAGCCACCACGCCCGGACGCCAGUCUACUUCUUUAUGCCUCUGUUUCCUCCUCUACGGAGGGCUAUUAGGAUCAAACCCCUUAGCUCUGGUAGCAGCAAACACAGCACAGUUGGGGGAUGGCUUUUCUGGCCUUCAGCUGGUGCUCGCUUCUCCCCCCUGUAGACUGUGAGACUAAGGCUACUGAUUGCAUCUCUUCAGCCACAUCCUCUCGGCUGCCUGUUAGGGACCAGAAAGGAAGCAGCCCUGGGCCCUAUCCAGAUGCCUCAGGGGUUGGGGUGAAGACUCGUCCACCAAAAGUGGAAGAAGCCACAGCUGACUGCUUCAGGAGGCAUGCCCCCAUAACCUCAGGCAGACGCUUCACUUCUCUGGCCUGUUUCUGCCUCAAACUGUGUCCGGAAUUGGUGGGUUCUUGGUCUCACUGACUUCAAGAAUGAAGCCGUGGACCCUCGCGGUGAGUGUUACAGUUCUUAAAGGCGGCAUGUCCGGAGUUUGUUCCUUCUGCUGUUCAGAUGUGUUAGGAGUUUCUUCCUUUUGGUGGGGUUCGUGGUCUUCCCGGCUCAGGAGUGAAACUGUGAACCUUCGCGGUGAGUGUUACAGCUCUUAAGGCGGCGCGUCUGGAGUUGUUCGCUCCUCCUGGUGGGUUGGUUGUCUCGCUGGCUUUAGGAGUGAAGCUGCAGCUCAUAAAGGCAGUGUGGACCCAAAGAGUGAGCAGCAGCAAGAUUUAUUGCAAAGAGCAAAAGAACAAAUUUUCCACAGUAUGUAAGGAGACCCCAGAGGAUUGCCACUGCUGGCUCAGGCAGCCUGCUUUUAUUCUCUUAUCUGGCCCCACCCACAUCCUGCUGAUUGGUCCAUUUUACAGAGAGCCCAGCGGUCUGUUUUGACAGGGUGCUGAUUGGUGCAUCCCUGAGCUAGACACAAAGGUUCUCCACGUCCCCACCAGAUUAGCUAGAUGCACAGUGUGGGCACAAAGGUUCUCCAAGUUCCCACCAGAGUAGCUAGAUACAGAGUGUCCAUUGGUGCAUUCACAAACCCUGAGCUAGACACAGGGUGCUGAUUGGUGUGUUUACAAACCUUGAGCUAGAUACAGAGUGCCGAUUGGUGUAUUUACAAUCCCUUAGCUAGACAUAAAGGUUCUCCAAGUCCCCACCAGACUCAGGAGCCCAGCUGGCUUCACCCAGUGGGUCCCACACCGGGGCCGCAGGUUGAGCUGCCUGCCAGUCCCGUGCCCUGUGCCCGCACUCCUCAGCCCUUGGGUGGUCGAUGGGACUGGGCGCCAUGGAGCAGGGGGCGGCGCUCGUCGGGGAGGCUCGGGCCGCACAGGGGCCCACAGAGGGAGGGGGCAGGCUCAGGCAUGGCGGGCUGCAGGUCCCGAGCCCGGCCCGGAGGGAAGGCAGCUAAGGCCCAGCGAGAAAUUGAGCACAGCAGCUGCUGGCCCAGGUGCUAAGCCCCUCACUGCCCAGAGCCGGCGGGGCCUGCCGAGCUCACGCCCACCCGGAACUCGCGCUGGCCGGCAAGCGCCGCGCGCAGCCCCGGUUCCCGCCCGCGCCUCUCCCUCCACACUUCCCCGCAAGCUGAGGGAGCCGGCUCCGGCCUUGGCCAGCCCAGAAAGGGGCUCCCACAGUGCAGCGGCGGGCUGAAGGGCUCCUCAAGUGCCGCCAAAGUGGGAGCCCAGGCAGAGGAGGCGCCCAGAGCGAGCGAGGGCUGUGAGGACUGCCAGCAUGCUGUCACCUCUCAAGACUACCUGCCAAUUACCCAUCUCAGAGGGUCAUCAGAGAUCGCUGAGCCCUGCCAGAGGUGCCGGAUAAACCUUAGCUGCCUUUAUUGUUAUUGUUAUUAUUUCUACUUCUAUUAACUGAGCUCUGAUGUUCUACCUCAUAUCUGUGGCCUUUUUCAAAUUCUUUUUUUUUUUUUUAAGACAGGGUCUUGCUCUGUCACCCAGGCUGGAGUGCAGUGGUACAGUCACAGCUCACUGCUGCCUCAACCUCCUGGGCUCAAGGGAUUCUCUCACAUCAGUCCUCAGAGUAGCUAAGACCUCAGCCAUGUACCACCACACCCAGCUAACUUUUGUAUUUCUUUCUAGAGACGGGAUCUCACCAUGUUGCCCAAACUCCUGGCCUCCAGCGAUCCUCCCACCUCGGUCUCCCAGAGUGUUGGAAUUACAGAUGUGAACCACCGCUCCCAGCUUUUUCAAAUUAUUGAAUGUUCCAGUGGACUCAGCCUGGAUCAGACAUCUCCAGUCCAAUCAGCUAAGGACUAGAGGGAGAGAACAGGGUCAGGAAGCCUGGACAGGCUGGACACGUGGAUUCUCUCGGAAGCCUGGGAGGGUGCGUGGCCACGUGGGAGACAAUUCAGAGUCUUUGCCACAGACACCACGGGGACACGGCUUUUCCAUUUGGUGACAAAUCGCACUGCUGGUGAGAUACUGAGCUGCGCGUCGCUGGGAAGGAAAGCAGAGGCUGGACCUCUGGGAUUCCCGGUGCGGCUCCAACAAGGUCCCGGGUACUCCUCUAACGCCCAGUGAGGGCAGCACUGCCUUUGUCCCUGCCCCACGGACAGGACACGGAGGCUCCGACAUACGAAAGGACUUAAUCAGAGGGGAAAUGGCAGAGCCGGGCUCCAACCCAGGACUUCCUGAGUCUAAGCCCAAAUCUGGCCCUAGAAGAGCUGACACGGUGGGCUGCACCCUCCACUGCCGGAGCUUGCCUGGUCUUGCUUCUUAGUCAGGAGAGACAGCCAAAAGGAUGUGGAGAAAAUGUCCUCAGAUGGUUGGAGGUCUUGAAGGUUUUCUUCCCAGGGACGCCAGCACCUCUGAUCACUGAGGCGAAACCCCCUGCCUGAAGUGCUUGUUCAACAUGCUUCUGCAACAUCACUCGGUCCUCGAAAAUUUCUGGUUUUGGAGAACUGCCAGUGAUGCCCCUAGAGACCUUUCAAACCUCUUUGCUAAUUCCUCUUGCCAAGAGAUGCUUGAGAGGAAAAAUUAACAUGAAUAAAAGAUCAUUGAAAGAAUCUACAGGCCGGGUGCAGUGGCUGACGCCUGUAAUCCCAACACUUUGGGAGGCCAAGGCAGGUGAAUCAUCUGAGGUCAGAAGUUCAAGACCAGCCUGAUCAACAUGGUAAAACCCCAUCUCUACUAAAAAAAAAAAAAAAAUUAGCUGGGCGUGGUGGCGGGUGCCUGUAAUCCUAGCUACUUUGGAGGCUGAGGCAGGAGAAUCACCUGAACCCAGGAGGCAGAGGUUGCAGUGAGCCGAGAUCACACCACUGCACUCCAGCCUGGGCAACAAGAGCGAAAUUCCAUCUAAAAAAAAAAAAAAAAGAAUCUACAGUCCAAUUUGGUGGUGGCUAAGCGACAAUGUUUUGUUGUCUACGUUGUAGUUGCUGAUGUAUAUGCGGUUGGAAAUAAAUUCAGAAGUAGGGAAAAGGAAUUGCUGUGCGUGAACCCCGGUGGCUGUGGAGUGGCACCCUGGGGGAUCCACCAGCCCGCCCUGGUGUCGGGCUUGGAUGGUUUCCACUUUUCUUGCUGUUAUAAAUAACACCAGUUUAAACACCUUUGUACUUGGAGCGCUUUUCUUUGAGUUGUCACCUCAGGAUAGAUGCCCAGGAGUGGGAGUUCUCAUGCAGCUCCUGCCAGUGAUUUCUGGCCGCCGCAGCAGUGUGGGAGUGGAGUUCACGGUCACAGCCUGGCUGUGCGCUGGGUUUCAUAAUAGAUACCAGGUGUAACGCGA